GCGGGUGGCGCGGCGCGGGCCCGAGGGAAGCCGUAUUCCGGGCACGGGGCGCAGGGCCAAGCCGGCCGUGCCAGGGCGUCAGACGAGGGAGGUCUCCGGAGGCCUCGCGCAGCGCCGCCCGUCGAGGGGCGGGCGGCAGCCACCCGACCGGGCCGUCGAAGGGUUGUGGAGGCCGGUGGGCCGGACCUCGCGGCGCAGCCAUGCCAGGCUUUACGUGCUGUGUACCGGGCUGCUACAAUAACUCGCAUCGGGACAAGGCGCUGCACUUCUACACGUUCCCCAAGGACGCGGAGCUCCGGCGCCUCUGGCUCAAGAACGUGUCCCGUGCAGGCGUCAGCGGCUGCUUCUCCACCUUCCAGCCCACCACGGGCCACCGUCUCUGCAGCGUCCACUUCCAGGGCGGACGCAAGACCUACACGGUGCGUGUCCCCACCAUUUUCCCGCUGCGAGGCGUCAACGAGCGCAAAGUAGCACGCAGACCCGCCGGGGCCGCAGCUGCUCGCCGCAGGCAGCAGCAGCAGCAGCAACAACAACAACAGCAGCAGCAGCAGCAGCAGCAGCAACAGCAACAGCAGCAACAGCAACAACAGCAGCAGCAGCAGCAAUCAUCGCCAACUGCCUCCACCACUGUCCAGGCCGCCCAGCUGCAGCCAAACCUGGUGUCUGCCUCUGCAGCUGUGCUCCUCACUCUUCAAGCUGCCGUAGAUAGCAGCCAGGCUCCCGGCUCCGGGGCUCCAGCACCCACCACUCCCACCGGAGAAGAUGUGAAGCCCAUCGACCUGACAGUGCAAGUGGAAUUCGCGGCCGCAGAGGGCGCCGCCGCCGCCGCCGCGACCGAGCUGGAAGCUGCUACGGCGGGGCUGGAAGCUGCCGAGUGCCCUCUGGGCCCCCAGUUGGUGGUCGUGGGGGAGGAAGGCUUCCCUGAUACUGGCUCCGAUCACUCCUACUCCCUGUCAUCCGGCACCACGGAGGAAGAGCUCCUGCGCAAGCUGAACGAGCAGCGGGACAUCCUGGCCCUGAUGGAAGUGAAGAUGAAGGAAAUGAAGGGCAGUAUCCGCCACCUACGUCUCACCGAGGCCAAGCUUCGUGAGGAACUCCGCGAGAAGGAUCGGCUGCUGGCCAUGGCGGUCAUCCGCAAGAAGCAUGGAAUGUGAAUGGCCCUUCCGUGGCUUGUCAGACUCCCAGAUCUCUGGCAGCCUGCGAGGGACUCAGGAGGCUGCGGUGGAACUCCCCUGUAUCCUAGCCACUGGCUGACAGUACUGAGUCUUAGGGCAGCUGGACUCUUGGCUGGUAACCUGGCACCCUCUCUUGUUCUUUCUUGAAGCAGGGGUGGGGGGAAUCUCAGACACCAGCAAUUUGACUUUGUUGGGCACCUCAUCCUCAGUUUAUGUUGCAGAUUCUGGUUAAACAGAGGCUUCAGCUCCAUUGAACUUGAAACUUGUCCCUAGGGAAACUGGUUGGCUGUCCAGAGACUAUGGGAUUUGGGAGGACAAUUCUUUGAGGUUAGCCAAGAGACAACUCUCCAGGGUGUAGCAAUGAGAGGUUCAUGUAACAUCAUUUCUUUGCCUUUUCAUGCUUUUUCUUCCCAGGUGCAGCUUGUAAUUGAUGGGGAUUGGCAGAUCUGUGCCUCUACCCCCUAGGACUCCUUCCCCUCCUGGAGGUGAUCUACCAGGGGAUCUAGGUGACCUGCUGAUGGAGAUCCAGUUUGCCAGGGAUUUAGGAUUAACCUGUUAUGUUUGCUACUGGUUACAAAUUCUAUUUUCUGUACAAUUAGACUAAAGUUUUCACUGUGUUUGUUUGGCAACACAAAUUAAACAGAAAGUAAGGUUUUUA